CCAACAAUACACGCCCGUGUUUUCUUAUCAGAACCUGAAAUAUCGCGAACGUGUGGCACAGCAAAGCACAGCGCAACAACCAACACCUUCCUUCUCAAUCAAACUGGACUAGACCCAUGAACACCCGGUCAGGCUAAGCUUUUCCAAGAUUCGACCGCAGCGCAGCGUAGCAUUACCCUCAGCUUCAGAUUCGUAGAUCUCGUCUUGCCUUCCGUUACAAUUCAUAAACAGGACAUAUAUCUCUUGUCUCUUAUUGUACUCUAACUCCCUUGACUUUCAAAUUUUCAAAAACACUCAUCUGAAAACCCAAUACACAAUGCCAUCCUCCUCCCCCAGCCCCCACGCUACACCCCUCACCUUAACACCCCAAACCCUGUCCCUUAUCCUCUCAAUCCUCUCCAUCCUCCCCAUCAUUCCCUUCAUCACAAUAACAAUACUCUACUUCACUGGCUGUUUCAUUACCGAGACAUCCAUAAUCACCACCUCCUCCAUUUGCCACACCACGGCCUCAUCAGCUACAGUCGACAAAAAUAGCAAAAGAAAAGACAGAGAUGGCGAGGGGAACGUGCUAGAUGGAGAAAUGAGAGAAAUGGAGGAGGGCGAGGAGAAAGCCCUGUCAGAAUUAAAGAAGGAGAGGAACGAGGAGGACGUGGAGGAAGUGAUCGAAACGCAUUGGCGAACGACGAAAGUGAGGGUUUGGGGGUGGGAGGUUGUCUUGUGGAGUGUUGGGAGGAGGAGGCCUAGAGUUGAUUGGGGGACGGCGAGGGAGGGUAAUGUUCAAAAAGAUGAGGUCGUGGGGGAAAGCUGUAGAGGAGUUGAGGGGUGAAAAUUCCGGGAAAUGGGAAGCACGGCGAGGUAGUUAAGGGAAAUGCACCCAAGUUUUAAAGAUGAACCACAGA